UGUUAUUAUACAAAUGUUGGUUAAAUAUCUAGAACCUAGAGCAAAUGAACCUUAAUGGUUAUUCUACACAAAUAGUUAGGCAGUAAACUUGGAAAUUAAUGAGAUAAAAGUGAUGGUAAACAGAGAGGCGGUCACUGGCUUUUAGGCCCAUUUGAAAAGUUUCUCGUUUCUUAUAAGAAAUAUAUAGCAUAGAACUGUCAUAACAAUCCAUAUCAUCUAGAAAUUUUGCAUCGAUUUUGCUGACCAGAGAUUAUUUUAAUUCAUGUAAAUUGAUCAGUUCUAAAUCUGUCAGUAUCAGAUUCAUCCAGUUAAACCACUACAGAAUGCCGAAAAAAAUGGGUCUGAAUACUAAGGCUGUGGAAGCUCGGGAGCGGAAAGCAGAAGCUAAAAAAGUAGAAAAGGAAAAAGCUGCUAAGGCCGCUGAGGAUGCUCUAUGGGUGGACGACGAUAAACAACUGGCAAAGAAAAAAAGGCAGAAGGUAGAUGAAGAACGCAAACGUGCUGAACAGCUACGGAAAAAAGCCGAAGCAAAAGCAAUAUUGGAAAAAGAAAUGAGCUCGAUUCAAACCGCUCCCAAAGUAUCGGUUCAGAAAAUUACUCGUUCUCAGAUCGAAGCUGAGGUAGAGAAACGCAAUCGUGCUAUCGAUUCUGUGAACAAUCCUCCGAAACCAGUCGUUCCCAAAGUAAUUCCAAUUGAAGAGAACCUUAAUCGCGUGAUGGCAGACACCGAAGUAGCACAAACGAUAGACCAAGCGCUUGCGGUGUUAAAAGUAAAGGAUGGCGAAGAUAGACAUCCGGAAAAGCGAAUGAAAGCGGCAUACAAAUCAUACGAAGAUGAACAACUACCGAUCUUAAAACAGGAAUAUCCUUCUCUGAAGCUCUCUCAGCUUAAGCAAAUCAUAUUCAAAAAUUGGCAGAAAGCACCUCAGAAUCCGUUGAAUCAAGAUGCAUGAACACGUGAACAUAGAUAAAAGAAUGUGUUUAACACAUGUAUAUUCAGUCAGUAAAGAUGUUGACUGCCGAA